UUUUGGUCUGGCCACCCCUAGCUAUCUUCCAACGUAAUCCGAUUUGUCUACUACUCCGUGCUUGACCCCAACACUACUCAGUGGUUCCAUAAAAGGCGAGAAAUGCCUCAAAAACAAAUAAUCACAUGCCUACAACCGACUCAUUUAAUCAACUUCUUAACAUUUUCACUUACUGUUUUAAAACCACCAAAGAUUUAAAAAUACGGCAUAAACUCGCCUUUCCAGGUCCAAAAUCAGGUCUCAUCUGUGCAACAAUUGGAAUAAGACGGUGAUAUCCAAGCGUACAAAACCAGUGUUUUUUUCCGUCAAUGUUCAUCAUCGUAUACCUAGAAUUGGGUUUUUCUCCGGGUCCUUAAGUAGCAUGACCUCUACAUUGCCUAAAAUGCUCUCUUAUUUGUAGAAAAAAGUCAGUGAACAAUAGCUAACUCAGAAAUGAAUUUUGUGCUAUUCCCCUGGUAUCAUUGGGAUGUAACAUGCAUAAACCAGAAGGGUAGAAAGAAAUAUCAAUGUUGAGGUAUCACACUGUCCAUAAUCUACUUCAAACUAAUAAGUUACUUCUAGAGUUUAGUGCAACACUAUAAAUGAAAGGACAUAAUUCCAUGAAUGGAUACGAAGAAGUACCCAAGGAAACGGAUGUCUUAUUGAGUUGGUUUAUAAAGGUUGCCUCCUCUGCUUACUUUCUACUCCAAAAUUGAUGCAGCACAGUUGUCUAACAUCUCUUAGUAUAUUUCAGCUCUCUGCCCGAGACACUAUCAUGCAUGGUAAAGUGAGAGCUUUCCCCCCCUACCAGAAGAGGCCUACAUUACAAAUCAGAAGGCUAUCAAGUUGAAUAGCUGUCUCAGGAAAGUCACAUAUUUUGUUCAUCCUGCACUUAAAUCUAUCACAAGCCAAUUCCAUAUCAAACCUUAAAAUACGGACUCUUGAAAUGCUUGGUUCGAUCUUGAUUGAAUGAUGGUAUUAAAGGUGCAAAAAUUACUAUACACAUUCAUUAAACUGGUUGACUGAGUUCUAAAACCAAACGACAAUCAUGCGGACGACUGGGGACACACUAAUUAUACUGUGAUACUUUAAUAAAAUAAAACUGCUUUAAUACAGAAGACAACUAGGAGCAACAUGAUUUAACACAAUCUACCAGACAAUAAAUAAUCAAAGUUAAAAAUAUAUUAUAAGACAGUCAAUCAGUUGUGACUACUGAGUGUGAGGCUGACUGCCUAUGGUUAUGAAAGAGACUAAAUUCACGAUAUUUGGAAAAACUCACUUGAAGAAACACAUAUUUAAAGGUAUUGAGUGGAUUCAAAUUAUUGUUCUUCAUGAGCUGGCUCAUCUUUUCAGAAGUACGCAUCACUGCAAAUUACAAAACAUUGUGAUAAAUUAUCGCAUUACACAGCACAGAUAACAAUAAGUAGUGUCUACUGCAAAUCUGACAAAAAGUAGUUUAAGUAGAGGUGCUUACAAUCAUUUCUGUUUAAUAGAGAUGUUGUUUAUUCGACAAACAGACAACGGUUUCAUCGGUUUUGCUCAUGUGAAUGUUCACAUGCAAAAACCCAGUACUAGGACGUCUUUUACACAUCUUUUGACUCAAAGGUCGAAUGGGAUAAUGACUGUUGGCUUUUGUUUGCAAAUGGUGAUCAUGUUAUCCUAACACUUAGAUAGGCUUCUGUUAGAAUGGAUGAUAAUGUUCAAAUUGAUCUACAUGACCCAAAACUUGCAAGUUCACUAGACAUUCUCUUAUUGUUCAUUUUAUUUUACGAUGCGUAUUUUGGCUGUUUGAAUAUUAAGGCCUGUUUUUCUCUUAUUUUAUGCUUUAGGUCACUUUUCGUCGUUCUCUUUAGUGAUAAUUCGUUUACGAUCACUAGUUUUCUGUUGGCAACAUUUAUUAGUCACAAGGACAUGAUUCGACUAAGUAGAAUAACGAAAAUUUUCUCAGAAACAGUCCUAGUUCAGAAAACAAGUUCUGUUCCUUCGAUGAUGAGAAAACUCUCUACCAACACCUACCUGUCAGCUCCUUCUGAUUGUAUCCUUCCUGAGCCUCCGUUGCCACCUAACGAAGUCGUCUUGAAUACUUUGGGUGAACCAACCCUAGCCUCUCUGGGUUUGAAUAGCUAUUGGCCUUCGGGUUGGUAUCAAUCCUUGUUGGAGUCUCUACAUGUGCACUUAGAUUUACCCUGGUGGGGCGCUAUUGCGGCUUCAACAAUUUUAAUUCGUAUGUGUAUGUUUCCCAUUAUGGUGCGUCAACGACGUCAUUUGGCUGAAUAUACGAAUAUUAUACCUCAAGUCACUGUCUUACAGGAAAGUUUGACGCGUGCUAGACUUUCUGGAAACUAUGUUGAAAUGAUGCGUACUUCUGAAAAGAUGAGCCAGCUCAUGAAGAACAAUAAUUUGAAUCCACUCAAUACCUUUAAAUAUGUGUUUCUUCAAGCCCCAAUUUUCCUUGGUGUUUUCACAGGAAUUCGAGGUUUGGUUAAUCUACCAGUAACUAGCUUGCAGACUGGUGGUACUGCUUGGUUUACCGACUUAACAGCAUCCGAUCCCUAUUGCAUCUUACCAUUUCUCUCCAUGAGUUUACUCUUACUGACAUUUGAGACUGGUGCUGAAUUACGUUCGGGUCAGACACAACUUACUAUUCGUUUAUUUUCAAGAGCGUUACCGGUUGUUGGUUUCCUCUUUGUGAUGAAUAUGCCAUCGGCUUUGGUAUGGUAUUGGACUGUUAGCAACUUAGUUUCCCUUCUACAAUCAGUAAUUCUGCGUCAACGACUUGUUCGUUCUUAUUUAAACCUCCCCUCUGUUCGAAAACCUCCCCCAGUGAUCGAAAAGAAACGUGGUUUCAUCGCAGGGUUCAAAGAAUCGUUAAAUAAUUCACGUUUGUUAGCGGAGUUGGAUUCAAGAGAACGAAUAGAUGCGAAGGCUUGGCAGAAAUCUGGUCACAAGGCUCCUCCCGUUACAUUUAUUUCUGACCCGACCAAGCUUACAUCAAAUCACCAAAACGUUUUCCCUUCUGACAAAACAACUAAUAACGGAUAUCAGGUACAGUUAGAAAUCAAACAAAACCCCAAAGAUCGGUAAUAUUUCCAAGCUUACAAAGACAGUUUGUAUAGUCAUUUCAAAAUAAAUAGAUGAUUUUUUUCAUUGACGGAUUCUGCUUUUAAAUGUUAUGUCUACAUCAGUGUUAUUCGCGUAAAACCUCGGAAAAACAAUAUCGUAUGCGUGUGGAUCACCAAGUUCGUACUUUCAUGCCGUAAUAGAAAAAAUCGAAAGCAAUAAUAGGAUUCCUUGAUAAUUAUUCAAGUUUUAAUCAAUUGGAAUAUAUUUAUUGUAUUAGUUACUACGUCCUUAGAUAUAUGAAAUGUUUAGGCAACGAAUUAAAAUUACUUUGGCAUAAAAUCCGAUUAUGACGAUUUGCUAAUGAUGUUUUUACUAAGCUUCCGUCAAUGCUUGGAAUGAAACUGCUAACACACCUAUGGCCUCGUUGUUUACACAAACAUUACUUGAAUACUCGUUAAAGUUCAGUAAGGUAAUCUAAUUCUCCUGCCUUUCUAAACAGUUCAAAAUGUCCACCCGUGAGAAACCGUCACAUAUUGUGAUGAUCGAACUCGACGGUAAGUCACAAAUAUUUUUAGUGUGUUUAUCAUUAUUCCAUCAAAACUAAGGUAGAAGUGAUAGUGUAAUUGUUUACGAUACGAAGGCUCAAUUGUAUUGGGCUUUUCAGUUUGGGACUGUGGAGAUUGUUGGAUUUAAUUAAAUUUAUGAACCGGUCACUGUCACACCACCAUUGUAAACAUAGAGACAUUGAACGGCCGUUUCAUCUUAUGCCUGCCGUAAAACCUUAAUGCCCUGAGUUCAACUUAAUGCUCAUCAACGUCAUGCGCUUCGGAUGAUAUAAAAACUAAGGUAACACGACUUUUAAGUAUAACUUUGUUUUUAGAGGUUAUCUAAUUGAAACCAGUUCAUAAAUCACAUAAAGUUUCUCACAAAGUCGCCGAAACAAAUACAAUCUAGGAGAGGAAAAUAUCGAAAGUACGAUGCGACAAAAAAGGAUUCAUUACAUUACUUGGUUCUGGUCGUAAAAAUUGGUUACUUGACUGUUGGAAAGCUUCAUUGCAAUAUGUAAACCUACCUGCCAAUAGAAAGCACCUCAAUGUACCGAAAUCGCUGAUCAAGCUACGCCAAGUCGUUUCAUAGGAUCGUUAACUCGAUACAAAUAUGUUUGUGUGCAACUUGGUGAGAGACCAAUGAGGACAUGUCAAUUCGCUGCUACCGAUGAUGUGUAGAAUAGAGGCCUUAAUAAUCCUUCAACGCUUUGCUAGGGCUCAUGAGGAGCGAACCCAAAUCUGAACAUAAGGUCAAAUCACCGCCCCUCGCCAGGAAAUAACUACUGGGUUUCAAGAAUAGUUGCAUUUUUCGAUCCUAAGGCUGCGUUAGCUCCGUGGAUCGACAGGUUUAACUGCAGUGUCCAUCGAAGGACGUGACAAGGAAGUAGACUAACCUGCACUAUCACAAGUCAAGUCACAGCUUACAGAAAACUGUCAAUCUCAAAUGAUGCUCGUCAACAUUUUUUGCUUUCCCCAUCCUUACUUGACUUCAUCAUAGGUGAGAACCUUAUCUCUAAAAAACUGACCUCCCACCAACAGAUUUAAUUAAUGACUUUGGAUGCGCAAGCAAAGAUGCCGUCUUCUGACCGCAUUGCGUAAAAGUAUUUUGAAUGCAUUCCUCUCCGUCCAAAUGAAAGACACUGGUCUGUGUUAACACUUGAAAUAAUAACGAGUAUGUUAGGCAUGUAUCGACCACUUCACUUAUUUUGAAAGUUCUACCGUGGUCCAGAUAUCAUACAAACAUUUUGAUUAUCGGUUUUAUACUGGUUAAUUAUAAUGGUAGAACAUCAUUUAGUUCUUACAAGGUCUUAAACUGCUGAAAAAGGCAUUCGUUUGUUAAUGCGGGAGUAAAAUGACUGCGAGUAAAGAGAAACACAAAGUAGGGUGAUAUUAUGCCGCAAUUUUGGUUGGGGAUGAAGCUGAAACAUAAAAACCAGUUUAUAUAAGUCUAUGGAUAAUCUUCAUAAAGUUUCAACAAAUUCUGCUAACCAAAAUUAGUGAAAUGAUAUAGGCUAAGAUUUAAGGAUUAGGACGAAGAUAAGGUGCUAAGGAUUUGAGGUUAAUGUUGGGAUUUACAAUCUUGACAUAACAGUCGAAUUUAGGUAGAUUAACGUAAAACCUAAUCCCAACUGUAACCUCAAGGAAUAGUUUUGAACCUUAACCUUUAGUCCGUAACUAAACUGUCUGGAAAACUUCUAUUUCUUUUAGCCCUGAUUGUAAAACCUCCAUCUUAGUCCCAAACCACAAUCCUAUAGCAUAGCUAUGGACACUAUUCAUAAAUUCUAAUCUUAACCAUAAGUGUCUAAUUGUGCUUGUGUAGUCAAAACUGGUUAUCUACGUUGAAAAAUUUGAUGCGACCCUGUAGCUAUAUGUAGGUCCAUCCUUGAUGCACACUCAUGGUUCUACUUUUCUAAAUCAAGCUAUGAGUAGUAUUCAGGUAAGCAUUCAGACUAAUUUGAAACUAGGGUUUAAUUUAUGACACAAAAUAACGUAAACUCCUAUGGCUUAACUUCGACCCAAACUCUAAUGAUUAAAAGCUCAGAGUCAAUCUAGAUAAGUUCAUUUAAAAAGUAAGAUUACGACACCUAGUAAAUCUCUUAUUUCCUAUUCUGACUAGUUCACUCAAAUUUACUUUUCUCCUAAUGGCUUGAAUUAGUCAGGGUCCAAAGGUACCAUAACUUAUAAACAGAUCAAUCAGAUUCAGUAUAGUGAAUCUUGGAUCUUUCCGUGAAUUUCAGUAGUUUCCUUUAAUGUAGAACACUGAAAAAUUGUCAGAAAACUGCGUUUCUGCAGGCUCGAAGAGCUGUUCACAAUAACAAAACAUCCAUACGCUCAAACAAGAAUUGCUAAGUGUACAUAUAGCUAAGACUUUCAGGGAGAAAGUCAGACUCAAGACAGUGUUAACUGAACUUUGCACGAGAUUCAAGACAGUUUAGUAGGGCCUAAGACUAUAUUGAGGCUAAGUGAAAAAUUGCUUAUAUGUACCACUUUGGAGACGGAUUACGCGUUAAGUGUAGUGAUUCUAAGCACAGUCAAUUGUGUUUUUGUGACUAAAAGAUAUUCACCUAAUCUAACCACUACUUCUAAACUAUUAAAAACCUAAAUAGUAACCCUAAGACAGUAGGACUCUAAGUUUAGCUGAUAUCAUUUCAUGAUGAAACCUUCGACACUUGGACUUAAAAUAAAACCUCUUGAAUUUGCGCGCUAAAUUAUUUUGUCUAUACUGCUACAAUUAAUUUUUGCAUUUUUGUUGGUGUUACUGCACGGUAAAAACUCUGAGCAUAGUUCCCAAUGUAAAUAACAAAAUCUAUCUCUGAUUCCGAGUUGUAGACUUUUCCAAUUAUUAAUCAUAUCAAAAUUUCAUCUGCUUCAUUACCUUUUAUUGUAAGCUUCUUUAUGACUAAACGGUUUCCUAAAUGCCUAGUGAAUUGCUCAACAUCGUCUAUUUAUUUAUUUAAACACAAGCAUUGGUACAAGGAGAUACCAAAUAUAUAUGCCCCACACAAAUCGAAUGAUAACCCUAGCCCAUCAGAAGAAAGUGUUUAGCCUUAAGAAAAAUUAUUACCAGACUAUUUUAUGGACAGCUUUCGCGGGAUACUAACGUGACUGUGAGAAACCUCAACCACUUUCUAGAUAUAAAAUAAAGUUUACAAUUAAUGUGAUGAAUUAGGAGCUUGAGCUAAUUGUUCCAAUCACAGUACUUUCAACAUACAUGACGAGUUAGUCAACAGAACGUCGAUUCAAAAAAGGCUGUCGAUAAUCCCAACGUCCCGACUGUGAUGACAGUAUCAGUAACAAUUAAUCUUUAAAACAAACCCUUAGAGCUAUGAGCUUCAUACAGUUGAUAUGUGGUUCACAAAAACCAUCAACAGAGAGACAUCUAUCGAACCUUUUUCAUGUUGAUAUGUCACAGAGAACCUAAUCAUUUGUUAGACAGAUAAGGCUAAGAUACAUUGAUCCUAUGGUAACUUAAAUAUAUUUGAACUUGAAUAUACUGCUUUUGACCUCACAUGGGCUACUAUUAUGUCUUUUACACAAGUGGUUUAUCGUGUAGAUUAUCUCGAAUCCGGAUAACCCAAUUACUCCUAACUCUGAUGUCUUCGUAUGAUGACUGGGUUAAAAUGCACAUCAAUUAUGAACCAUCUGACUAAUGUAAAAGUCAUUUCAGGUAUCUGUUCAAACACAAGUUAGCCAGUCAGUCAGCCACAACGUAGGACCAGGAACAUAUAUGCAUCGGUCCAAGUUGCCAUGCCUCAUUAGCAGAAAAUAAACACUAAAUUCAUAGAGACAGUUACUUGAAUGGUAGUGAUUUUAAAAAAAGACUGCAUUUAAGUAUUAGUUCAUAGAAAGAAAGGUAUAAAACAACUUUAAUCUCACGAUUUAAGGGAAGACAGAGUGCAUACACCUACGCCAUUGUGAUC